AUGAGUGUCGUUCUUCAACAAGGGAAGCCGUGGAUCGUCCAGAAAUAUGGCGGGACCAGUCUGGGAAAGCUGCUCCCCGCCAUUACUGGAACCAUCAUCCCUCAAUAUCUGAAGGAUUAUAAUGUUGCGGUCGUUUGCUCGGCCCUGUCCGGCACCACCAAGUCCAUGGGAACGACGAGUCUCCUUCUGCAGGCCAUUGAUUACACCAUGGGGCCCUUGAGAAACCAGACCGAGCUGAAUCGCACGAUUGAUGUUAUCAAGGACCAGCAUUUGGAAGCGAGUAGAGUGAUCCAGUCGCAAGUUGAUUACGCGGGCGAUGGAAACAUCUUUGAGGAACUCGACGCAGGGAUCCGGAAGGACUGUGAGAAACUGCGCAGUUUCCUCGCUGCCGCACAGACGAUCGGAGAAGUCUCUGCGCGAUCAAAGGAUCGAGUUCUAGCUACGGGCGAAAAGUUGGCAUGUCGGCUGGUCGUUGCAUCGCUGAUGAGCAGAGGAAUCGAGGCAAAGAUGGUCACACUCGAAGAUAUAGUCGAGAAGGCAUAUUCGGAUGACCUGUACAAGCAGAGGGUCGCAUAUGAUGAGCUCGGCCCUCACUUCUUUGAUCAGCUGGCUGUUGAGAUCGGGAAGCGGCUCGAAGCAUGCGGGGAAGCCGUGCCUGUCGUCACCGGCUUCUUUGGCAUGAUGCCUACCUCCAUGUUGCAAAGUGUUGGUCGCGGGUAUUCCGACCUUUGCGCCGCGAUGUGUGCCGUGAGCACAUUUGCCGCUGAGUUGCAGAUCUGGAAAGAAGUUGAUGGUAUUUUUACUGCGGACCCAAGAAAGGUCCCCUCGGCUCGACUGCUUGCCACAGUGACGCUGGAAGAGGCCUCCGAACUUACAUACUACGGCAGCGAGGUCAUCCACCCCUUCACAAUGCAACAAAUUCGCAACGCCAACAUCCCUCUACGGCUGAAAAACGUCAAGAAUCCCGAAGGAAAUGGGACCAUCAUCUAUCCAUCACAAACCGGCACCAACUCACCAAAGUCAGAAUCAGAAGCUUCGUCUGUGUCUGGAAGCGUUUCAGACUCUGCCAUUUUUUCCUUCAUGAGCGCCAACGGUUACUAUGGAAAAUCGCAAAGUCGUCGCGCACCCACCGCCCUGACGACGAAAGACAACAUUGUGUUGAUAAAUAUCCAAUCGAAUCGCCAGAAGAAGUCCCAUGGUUUCUUGGCGCAAGUGUUCAACAAACUUGAUGAAGCCAACGCAGUUGCGGACCUGAUCACUUCGAGUGAGCAGUCAGUCAGCCUAGCCAUUUCGUCCCUGGAGGAUGAUGCCGUGAAGCUUGACAGGCUGAUAGCGAGCCUUGAGAAGUGUGGCAAGGUUGAGGUUCUUCAAAACGUGGCAAUCGUGUCAGUCAUUGGUCACAAGAUGAGAAACAUGGUUGGUAUCGCUGGUGAAAUAUUCUCUAAGCUGGCCAGCGGCGGCGUCAACAUCUAUCUCAUUGGACAAGGAGCUAGUGAAAUCAAUAUCUCGCUUGUGGUUCAGCGGGACGAUGCACUACUUGCCAUGGACAUUAUCCAUACCCACGUUCUGGGCAUUUCAAAACACCCAGAGCAUACUCCCAUCGUACAGAAUAGCCUCAUGAAAGGGCCCUGGCUGUUCUGA